GCGGCAUGGGAAGCGCGGGGGGCGCCUCCGGCCUUCUGGGCUCCGCGCCUCUUCCCAGCAGGAGGCGGCCGCGCGCGGGAGCAGGCGACCCCCGAGGCGGCGGCUGGGCGGGCAGUCCCUGCGCUCAUCCAGGUGCAGACUCGGGCCUGCAGCACGGAGUCGGGCGCGGGGGGGCGGCUUCGGCCUUGCCCGGCGCCUGGAGACGGGGCGCGCGCUGCGACAGGGCUGCGGCGGCCCUCGGCCUGCCUCGACCCCACUGGGGCACCGAACCCGCGGCUCCCGGUCCCGCCUCCUCCGGGGGAUCCCCCGGCGGCGAACGAGUAGACCAGCGUACGCGCCCCCGGGCCACGCCUUGGGUUGGCAGGCGCCCGGGCGCAGGGCGGGAUUUGCGGGGUACUUGGAGAGUGCUGGCCGCUUCCCGGCUGGAAGAGGUUGGCGAUUCCUUCCCGGAGCAGGCCUCUUCCUCAGCCCGCCCGAUUGUGAGGAUGGACCCCACAACUUACGCUGAGCUGUUGAAAGAAUCUGGCAACCAGGAUUUUAAGCAUGGGAACUUUGCUUUGGCCAUCAAGAAGUACGAUGAAGCCAUCCGGAUUCUCUCGCAGUUAUACCAGUGGGGGGUUCCCCCCAGAGAUUUGGCUGUGCUGCUGUGCAACAAAUCCAAUGCGUAUUACAGCCUUGGGAAAUGGAAAGAGGCAUACAUGGCUGCCAAGGAGUGUCUCCAGUGGGAUCCAACCUACAUGAAGGGGUACUACCGGGCUGGUUAUUCCUUGCUGCGGUUGCUCCAGCCUUAUGAAGCUGCUCGUAUGUUUUUUGAUGGUCUUGAACUUGUGCAGGGCAGCCAGGACCAGACCCAGGUUGCUGAUUUCCUCGUGGGAGUCUUCACCACGAUGGGCAGUGACCCCAUUGUUUUGCAAAGUUUCUUGCCCUGCUUUGAUCAUAUUUUCUCUAUUGGCUUCUCACCUGAAGUGUGGCAAUCUGUGAUUGAAAAGUUGGCCAAGAAGGGAUUAUGGCACUCAUUUCUACUUCUGUCAGCGAGAAAAGACCGACUACCGAGAAAUCUCCAUGUCCCAGAUUUAUCACUGAAAAGUCUCUUCGAGAAAUAUGUCUUCAUUGGACUUUAUGAGAAAAUGGAACAGGUGCCCAGGUUAGUCCAGUGGCUCAUCUCCGUUGGUGCAAGUGUGGAGACCAUAGGACCAUACCCUCUCCACGCCCUCAUACGCCUCUGCAUCCGGGCCCGGGAAAACCAUCUUUUCAGGUGGUUAAUGGACUACAAGCCCGAGUGGAAAGGUCGCAUCAACCAAAAGGACGAGGAUGGCCGUACUGUCCUGCACAUCGUGGCCGCCCAUUCCCCAGGGUACCUCAUUAAGCGACAAACAGAGGAUGUGCAGAUGCUCCUGCGCUUUGGGGCAGACCCCACUCUGCUGGAUCGACAGUCCCGGUCCGCCAUGGAUGUCCUAAAGAGGAGCAAGAACUUCAAAGCCAUUGAGAAAAUCAACAGUCACUUGGGAAAGCUGGCAGCGUGUUCUAAGGACCUCUCAGGACUGAGCAAUGGUGAGGGACCCGCUAGCGAGGGCGAGGUUUUCCAGAAGGCCUGUGAGCAGCUGGUGACAUACAUGAACUCAGGAAACCGCUUGUUGCAAAAAAACUUUCUGAAGCAAGAAGUAGUUCAGAGGUUCUUACGCCUCCUUUCUUCUCUGCAAGAAAUCCCUCCAGACCUGGUCUAUGACAUUGACCGUGACUGUGCCAACACCUUCUUCAAGUUUUUACUGGAAAAACAGAAAUGGCCCGAAGUGCUUCUGCUGCUGACCCGCAAAGUAAGCGGGGAGCCACCACUUGGGGACUGUCUCAUCAAAGACUGUGACCUCUCGAACCUCAACCUCUGUGCCAUCCUCCCCCACCUCAGUAUCUGGGACCAGCGAAAGAUGCAGCUCCUGGGCUGCCUGAUUGACCAUGGAGGUGACCUCACCCAGGGUCCCCAGGACAGCCAGGAGAGGCCACUCACUGUGUGCCUGAAGCAUAAGGACUUCGAGCUGGCCUUCCUCCUCUUGACCAAGGGUGCAGACCCCUGCUGUAUUUCUCUUACGGAAGGAGACACUCCUUUGCAUGCCGCGCUCCACAUCUUUCUAGAUAUCAAAGCUGACAUCGGUUUUAACUUCCUCAGCCACCUGUUGGAUCUGUUCUUGGCCAAGCCUACCGAAUUUUACUACCUCAACCCCAACAUCCAGGACAACGGGAACACGCUGAUGCACAUCCUCUUCCAGAAGGGCAUGCUGAAACGCAUGGGGAAGCUGAUAGGCCUGCUGGCGAAGUUUGACAUCAACCUCAACCUGAAGAACAAGGAAGGCAAGGACGCCCGGCACCGGGUUAAGAAGAACGACCCGCUGCUCUUAGCCUGGAACAAAGCCCUGAAUGAGAGCAGGCGCCGGGGCCGGCAGGAUGCUGCCGCCCACCCGGCAAAGCCUCUGCGGUCCACCACUCCAGCUCACACAGCUCAGCUCAAAGUCUCCUCCAAGUUGCUGCCCUCCGGUGGUGGUGGUGGUGCUGCUCGAACCCCACCCAGAGGAGCCAUGGUCCCCGACAGCUGGGAGACCCUCCCGGAUGCCCAGGCAACGAGGCCAGAGCCUGGGGCUGCCAGGCCCAGCUCGCAGAGAGACCGCCUGGUGCAGGACAUCACAGCUUUGAUUCAGCAGGUGGAAUUGGAUCCAUCCCUCCCAGAGGACUGUCCCCAGAACCCUGAGCCUCUGGAGACAGGAGCUGGCACCGAAGGAGAGAAAGACCAGCUGCAGGGCUCCUCCGGGGCUGGGGCCUCUGACCUCAGCGGGAACAAACGUGUAGUCCCUGAGGCCGCGGAGGGACACACUCAGGCAGGCGCCGUAUCCGCUCAAGUUGUACCUGCUGGUCGCAAGGGAACAGAGAACAGCAACGACCAGGAUGACUGGAGCGUGCCCGAGAUCGAAAUCUGCCUCCUGGACUUCGAGAACAUGACAUGGGAGAUCGAGUGCACUUCAGAGAUUCUGAAGAAGCUGUCCAGCAAGGUCAUGACCAAGGUCAUGAAGAAGAAAAUCAUCCUCACCAUCCAGAAACUGGGCAACGGUGAGUGGACCCGGGACCUGCGGAAGCGGCUGAAGAACCUAAAAGGAAGCAUCCAGCUCUUCGAGGCCAAGCUGGACAAAGGGGCCCGGAUGCUGUGGGAACUUGCAAUUGACUUCUCUCCGCGGUGCAGUGAAAACCCCGAGAAGAUCAUGGCCGCCGAGCGGAGCGCGCACCCCACAGAGAAGGCGGGGAGAGUCUACACAGAAAUCAUCCGGAUCUGGGACAUUGUCUUAGAUCAUGACAAACUGAAGGACUCUAUCAGGGCCAUCUGUGGCGCCUAUAACCGGGGCCUGUCCUGCAUCCUGCGCAAGAAACUGAAGGGGAUCAACAAGGGCCAGGUCUCUGCCAACAUGAAAAUCCAAAAGCGGAUACCCCGCUGUUACGUGGAGGACACAGAGGCAGACCAGAGCGGAGCGUAUAUGGAGCCCGAGUACUUCCCCCCUGCCAGUGCGGUGGAGACGGAGUAUAACAUCAUGAAGUUCCACAGCUUCAGCACCAGCAUGGCCUCCAACAUCCUCAAUGACACGACCACCACGGUGGAGUACCCCUUCCGGGUUGGCGAGCUUGAGUACGCAGUGAUCGACCUCAACCCCAGGCCCCUGGAGCCCAUCAUCCUCAUCGGGCGGAGCGGCACCGGGAAGACGACCUGCUGCUUGUAUCGGCUGUGGAAGAAAUUCCACGUUUACUGGGAGAAAGCUCAGCAGGCAGGAAGUCCGCUGCUGGCCCGGCAAAUCUGGCUGAAGCGAAGGCUGGAAUUGGAACCUGGCAAGGAGGUUCCAGGUGGGGAGGAGAAGGAGGGGGAAGAGGAAGAGGAGGAGGAGGAAGGUUCCAUUGAGGUGGAAAUAGUGCAUAGCGAUGAGGAGCAGGAGAGUGAAGCCUGUGCUGAGGGAGCCAAUGGGGAGCCAGAGGCGCCCAGCCAAGGGGCAGAAGGACCCGCGCCAGAACAGCCCCACCAGCUGGAGCAUUUACAUCAGAUCUUCGUCACCAAGAACCAUGUACUGUGCCAGGAGGUGCAGAGGAAUUUCACUGAGUUGUCCAAAUCGACCAAGGCUACCAGUCACUACAAAUCAUUGGAACCCAGCGUCCACAGACUCCAGGACCUGAAGGAUGAGAACUUUCCUCUGUUUGUCACUUCCAAGCAGCUGCUCCUCCUGCUUGAUGCUUCUCUGCCGGAACCAUUUUUUCUGAGGAAUGAAGACGGCAGCUUGAAAAGAACUAUCGUAGGAUGGUCCACACAGGAAGAGCUGAGUAUCCCCAACUGGCAGGAGGAUGAGGAAGAAGCUGAAGCAGAUGGGGACUAUGGUGAGGAGGAAAAAGUUGUUGAAACGCGUCCAUGCGACAGCGACCCCCGGGUAUACGUGACGUUUGAGGUGUUCACCAGUGAAAUAUGGCCCAAAAUGAUCAAGGGGAAAACCUCCUACAACCCUGCACUGAUCUGGAAAGAAAUCAAAUCUUUCCUGAAGGGGUCUUUUGAAGCCCUCAGCAGCCCCCAGGGAAGACUCACGGAAGAAGCAUAUAAGCAAUUAGGGCGGAAGCGGUCCCCCAAUUUUAAGGAAGACCGGAGUGAGAUCUAUGGCCUCUUCUGCCUGUAUCAGCAGAUCAGAUCUCAGAAAGGGUACUUUGACGAAGAAGAUGUUCUGUACAACCUGUCCCGGAGGCUGUCGAAGCUCAAGGUGCUCCCAUGGUCCAUCCAUGAGCUCUAUGGUGAUGAGAUUCAGGACUUCACCCAAGCCGAGCUGGCGCUAUUGAUGAAAUGCAUCAAUGACCCCAAUGCCAUGUUUCUCACUGGUGACACGGCCCAGAGCAUCAUGAAGGGCGUGGCCUUCCGCUUCAGCGAUCUGCGCUCUCUGUUCCACUAUGCCAGCAAAAACACUGGGGACAAGCAGUGCGCGGUGCGCAAGCCCAAGAAGAUCCACCAGCUGUACCAGAACUAUAGGUCCCACUCAGGAAUCCUCAGUCUGGCGUCUGGAGUGGUUGAUUUACUUCAGUACUAUUUCCCAGAAUCUUUUGAUCGCCUUCCAAGGGAUUCUGGCCUCUUUGAUGGUCCCAGACCAAUUGUCCUGGAGUCCUGUAGUGUAAGUGACUUGGCAAUAUUGCUUCGAGGGAACAAAAGGAAAACCCAGCCUAUUGAAUUUGGAGCCCACCAGGUAAUCCUUGUAGCCAAUGAAAUGGCGAAGGAGAAAAUUCCAGAAGAGCUAGGGUUAGCACUUGUGCUCACAGUUUAUGAAGCAAAAGGCUUAGAAUUUGAUGACGUCCUUCUUUACAACUUCUUUACCGACUCCGAGGCUUACAAGGAAUGGAAGAUCAUUUCCUCGUUUACUCCGUCCUCUGAGUCCAGGGAGGAAAGUCGGCCGCUGAUGGAAGUGCCCCUGGAGAAAUGCAGCUCCUCCCAGGGGCGGGUUCUUACGGUGAACCCGGAAAUGUACAAGCUCCUUAACGGGGAGCUGAAGCAGCUGUACACGGCCAUCACCCGGGCUCGGGUCAACCUCUGGAUCUUUGACGAAAACCCAGAGAAGCGGGCUCCUGCUUUCAAAUAUUUCAUGAAAAGGAAUUUUGUCCAAGUCGUGAAAACAGAUGAAAAUAAAGACCUUGAUGAUAGCAUGUUUGUUAAGACCUCCACCCCUGCGGAGUGGAUUGCCCAAGGAGAUUACUACGCUAAACACCAGUGCUGGAAGGUUGCAGCCAAGUGUUACCAAAAGGGAGGUGCAUUUGAGAAGGAGAAGCUGGCUCUGGCCCACAACACUGCCCUGAACAUGAAAGGCAAGAAAGUCAGCCCCAAGGAAAAGCAGGUGGAGUAUUUGGAACUGGCCAAGACCUAUUUGGAGUGCAAGGAGCCAAAGCUGUCCCUUAAGUGUCUGAGUUAUGCCAAGGAGUUCCAGCUCUGUGCGCAGCUGUGUGAGAGGCUGGGAAAGAUAAGAGAUGCUGCCUGUUUCUAUAAGCGAAGCCAGCGCUACAAAGAUGCAUCCCGAUGCUUUGAGCAGAUUCAGGAAUUCAAUCUAGCCCUGAAGAUGUACUGCCAAGAGGAACUUUUUGAAGAAGCUGCCAUGGCAGUGGAAAAGUAUGAAGAAAUGCUAAGGGCCAAGACCCUCCCCAUAUCCAAGCUCUCCUACUCGGCCAGCCAGUUCUACUUGGAAGCUGCAGCCAAGUACCUGAGUGCAAAUAAGAUGAAGGAGAUGAUGGCUGUGCUCUCGAAGCUAGACACAGAAGACCAGCUGGCAUUCCUGAAGUCUCGAAAGCGGCUCGCAGAAGCGGCAGACCUGCUGAACAGGGAAGGUCGGAGGGAAGAGGCUGCCCUGCUGAUGAAGCAACACGGCUGUCUCUUAGAGGCUGCCAGGCUCACAGCUGACAAGGACUUCCAGGCUUCAUGUCUGCUGGCAGCCGCCCGCCUCAACGUGGCCAGGGAUUCUGAUGUUGACCAUACCAAGACCAUCCUUAAAGAAGCUCUGGACCUCUGCCAUCAGACCAACCAGGUGUCUGGCAUUGCUGAGGCCCACUUCCUGCAGGGCGUGGUCCUGAGAGACUUUCAGAAGCUCAAGGACGCCUUCCUGAAGUUUGACACCCUCAACCACUCAGCAGGCGCAGUGGAGGCGCUCUAUGAAGCCACUAGCCGCUGUGAAGCCAAGCCUGAGGAGGUCCUGACCCUGGCCCCAUGGGGCUUGGAGGUCCUCCUCAAUCUGGUCAGGGCCCUCAAAAGAGUGACCAACAAUGCUGAGAAAGAGAUGGUUAAGUCUUGCUUUGAGUUUUUUGGGAUUUCUCAGGUGGAUGCCAAGUAUUGCCAGAUAGCUCAGAACGACCCUGGGCCCAUAUUAAGAAUCAUUUUUGACCUGGAUUUGAACUUGAGAGAGAAGAAAACGAAAGACCAUUUCUUGAUAAUGACGGACCAAGUGAAAUUAGCCCUCAACAAACACCUUCUCAACAGGCUAUGUCAGAUCACACAGAGCCUACUCAGGAAGACCUACCCGGGUGUCUGCACGAGGUUCAUCGUGGGCUUGAAAUGCGAGGAUGGAAACUGUGAAGAUUUCCACAGGCCUUUGCGGCGUCAUGAGGCCAAGUGUUUGGUUCAGUCAAAAAUACACCUGGUGGCCAUCAACGGAUUGCUUUUGGAAGCCAAAAAAGUGUUCCCUAAAGUCCUAGCUGAGGAACUUGAAGAGCUCGAUUACAUCUUGCCCUCUAAUAAGUACGGCCUUUGCAGAUCCUUCCUGGAUGUUCUCUUCCCUAAGCAUUUCCAUCAGAGAGUGUUGUCAGAAAACCCCAUGGCGUGCAAAGAAGUCCUCAAACCACAUUAUAAAUCCUUCAAAUUCUACAGGUCGGCUCUGAAAGAGUAUAUCCAUUUCCUGUUUCAAAACGAGAGGGCCCGAAGCCGCCGGGAGUCCACAGACCUGUGGCUGAGUGCCAUGCAGGCUUUCCUCCUCUCCUCCAGCUACCCUGAUGAGCUCGAAAAGCUGCUCCAUCAGGAGGAGGACAGCUACAACAGGGAGCUCAAAGCCCUCCAGGCUGAAAAAGAGGACAGGGGCCAGGGGAGAGGCAGCAGGAUCAAAGGAAUAGAAGGGAAAUUCGGCAUGCUGGCACCCAACAAGGAUGAUGAGAGUGCAGAGAAGACUCACCUGUGCUUCAUCCGGCUGCUGGAGGAUUCCAUCCACCAGUUCUACGUGUGCCGGAACCCAGAAGAUCACAAGAGGCGCUUUUUCCGUUUCAUGAACGUCCUGGUCAAGAGGUGCAAAGAGCCACUCAUCCCCAGCAUUGGAAACACAGUGGCCCUGCUGGAGUUCCAGUUCAUCCACUGCGGGGCAGUGCUGGCCCGCCUCCGGAGGAACUCCAUCCUGUGUCUCCCCAAAAGCUACAUUGCACUGUUGCACUACUGGGAGUUCCUGUUCAGCAAGAAGGACAGGGAGCCCGGGGACGUGUUCGCCAUCAUUCAGGAAUACAGACCCAAGGACGUGAACAGAGCCAUUCAGGAUUUCCGGUUCCACCUGUCUUACCUGGUCAAGGUGCUCUGCGGUGGUGAGAAUGAGAACUUCAAUGUCCUGCUCGACGCCUUCAGUGAUAUCGACUACGUGGUCUCUGGGGAGGCGGAGCGAACCCUGGUGCUAUGCUUGGUGAUGCUGGUGAACGCUGGGGAGGUCCUGCAGCCUUCCUGCAAGCCUCUUCUGUCGCGCCACUUCCAGGAGAUCGAGGCAAGGCUGCAGCUGAUGAGCUUGGAAUGCCCAGGCCAGGUCCCUGAUCGGCUCCUUCGAGCCAUGAAGCGGGUGCUGCUGGCAGUCAAUGUGAAGUCCGUGGCCGAGGCACUGCAGGACCUGCUCUUUGAGCGGGAUGAAGAGUACCUGAUGGACUGCCACUGGCGGUGGGACAGUGGGCACACCAAAGGGACUGUGGUCCGUGGCCUCUACCAUGAGGAGGUCAGACUGAACCGCCUGCUCUCCGUGGACCCCGUGGGCCACCUUGCUGACACCGAGUGUGAGUUUGGUGAGGACGAGUCGGAGGAGCUGGCCUUGGAAGACCGGGACCACCUGCUGGCUGCCAUCCUCUCACAAAAGCAGCGGAAGGCCUCCAUCCAGCGGAAGCUGCGGAGGGCAUGCCUGGUGGUGUCCCUGUGCGUCAGCUGGAGGAGGAGGGCGGGGGCCCAGACCGAGCACUCCAGGGAGGAGGGCAGGGAGCCCGGGGCCGGGAACUUCAAAAAAGCUGAUGUGGACCGGACUCAGUGUGACCUGUGCGGGGUCAAGUUCACCCGAGGUCCUGAGAACUAUUUCGGCCCCGAUCAAGCAUUUGAGGAAGCGGCUUCUGAGGCUGAUGCCCUUUCCAGGGCCGAGCUGGAAGACGAAGAUGGUCAGGAGAAGAACAGUGAGUCUUAUGAGCAACACAUCCGCCUAGAGGACCACCAGAGGCAGCAGCGGGCCUACCAGAAGUACUCAGAAUUUUUCCAUGAGAAGGUGGAACCAGCUAUCGGUGAAGGCAAGCUGGUGGUGCAGGACAUCGAGCAGAGCGUGUGGGUCCGCAGCCACCUGGGCUCCAAAGAGCACAGCCACGUGCUGCAAAGGAAAGUCCAAGAGAACAUCAAGAAGGUCUUGGACACAGUGGAAGACCUCUACAGGCGGAAGGCCUGGGCUGGUGCGGAGGAGGUCAUGGCUCAGCUGGUCGACAUCCUGAUCCUGUCCGUAAGGAAUGCUCGGGAGUGGCUGCGGAAAACGGAGCUGCGCUUGAGGGAUGAAGGUGUUGUUCAGGAAGAUGAUUACGAAAAUGAAGUUGAAGACUUUGUUGAGCUCCGUCCUAGAAGGCGAUCUCGGAAAUGUGCAAAGCAGAGAAAAUAACUAACAUCCACACAGCUGCUACUUCCUAAUCCUUCAGAACAUUCCAUCCUGACUUAGAAUCCUGCGCGCUGGGGCAGAAGAGGAAAAGAGUGAUGUACCUUGGCCAAAAAAUGUGGGGGGAUGGCUCCAGCAACACCUUUGCUUUUCGUUCUUGUUAUUUCUCUCUCAGUGGUGGCUUAGAAUCUCAUUUGUCCCUCAGAGCAGGGACCUCUUAAGUGUUUCCCAAGUUCGAGUUUGACAGGGCUCAUUCCCCUAAAACAAGCUCAGGUGAGAGGAAUCAUAGCUGAAGGGAGCCUUGGGACAUCCCCUCACCCCAAGCCCCCUGGCUCGCCAUCACCAAGACACAGGUCAGUAGCCUGGACACCCCUCACCUCAGCAUUGCCAUUGCCCUGGCCUCGGAGCACCCUCCGUUCCCCUGAUCUCCAUUCACACUGCCAGCCACCAGGACCCCAGGCCACACUCUGGUCAUCUCCGAGCCCACCUUCUGUUAUAUAUUAGCCCUUUUCUCUCUGUGGCAACUUUUCUGCCUGCCUUCUCCCCAUUUAUUGAGACCAUUCUCAGCUGGCUGGGCAAGUCGCAAUUAGACUACCUCAGAAUGUAGUCGAGAAUUCCCCAACGUCGUUUGGGCAGCCAGCCUCAGGACCAUCCCCCUAGAAGAAAAGGCUGGGGGAUGUUGCUGGGGGUUCCGGCUUAUCUCUCCAAGGCAGUCCUGACGCUGCCUUGGCUAUGGUGCAGACCUUCAAAAAGUGUUUUGUAUGGAGCCUUCUAUGUCUAGUUUCCUGGGGUCUUCCUGGCAAGUUCACUGUUGUAUCUCACCUUGACAUUCCGAUGCAUUUCCCAUGGGGACCCCAGUACCUGCAGAGGUGUAGGUUGGGGACAGGUGGACAUCGGAGAAGUCAGCCUUGUGGUGCUGAUCCGUAGGGGUUUGGCUGUGAAUCACUGCCCCGUGGCUGGCAGGUCUGGGAAGAGGAGGGGGCUGUGGAUCUGUCUGCAGGAGGCCAUUGCUGCCCACUGAGCCAUUGGUAUGUCCCUUUCCAUAAGCCUUGUGGCCACUCCCUCCAUGCCCCCAGCCCUCAGCCCGGCCUGGUGCACAAGUUCAGGCUUGUGUUGGUCCUUUGCUGUUUGGUCAUCACAGAGGAACCAGCCUUCUUCCCGUCCUGCUGCUGCUUUGCUGCUCUUUGCUUUUUCUUUAUUGUCUUUCUAAAUGACUCUGUUUCCUCAAAAUGUCAGAUUUCUAAUUUUUAUUAGGUUGUGGUUCUAAUUUUUAUUCCAGGUUUUUUUAUAAACUUUACUUACUGGGGGGGGAAAAAGGAAAAAAAAUCAAAUCUUUGGUGAUCACAUUUUUAUAAAAUUAAAUCAUUUCUCUUAUGUGCA